UACAACAAGAAAUAUAAUUAUUGGAUAAUGGUUCGACGUGGAAUCACAUCCAUAACAAGAGGUGGACUUCUUUUUCGAUUUUUGGUUCUAUAUUGUGUGUGUGACAUAAAAUAAUUAAGAACACAAUUUUGUGUAUAUACUUUUUUUCUUCAAAUUUUGGAUUUCCAAGCCUAUGAACUCUGCUUCAUUCCAUAGUCCUUUAAUUUCCUACGUCGUCACAAACCCAAGGUUUAAUCGCUCCUAUGCUACUCGUCAUAGUGCAAGAUUUGGCUCGUGGAAGAACAAGGUUCGGAACUCAGCUUUUUAUGCUAUUGGAUUUUCUGUGGUUGGAAUAGAAGAUGUGUUUGAUGAUAGUGAUUUGACGAGAAAUGAAAAUGGAUCCCUCUUAGAAGACGUUGAAAUUAAGCAAGAAAAUGAUUUCUUUGUGAGUGAUGCUGAAGGUGAUCCAGAUUGUCCCUCUAAAGGGUACUCUUCCAUUGAGCAUGCCCUUAAUGCAUUACGGCAAGGAAAGGAUGCAAAAUAUGGAACUUCAACUGGUGUAUCAGCGGUAGAUAGAGCAAAAACUAUUAUUGCUCUAUCAUCUUUGGAGUCAAAAUCAGAAGAUUUUAGAAAGCCUGGUCACGUUUUUCCUCUAAAAUAUAGAAAUGGUGGGGUUCUUAGGAGAGCUGGUCAUACAGAGGCUUCUGUAGAUUUAGUUGCAUUGGCUGGUUUGCCCUCGUUUUCUGUUCUCACAACUCUUGUUGACGUGGAAGAUGGAAAUAUCACAUCUUUACCCAAUUUAAAAAGCUUAGCUUUGGAAUACAACCUACCAAUUGUCUCAAUAACUGAUUUGAUAAGUGAUGCUUCAAGGUAUCGAAGAAAGCGAGAGAAAUUGGUUAAAAGAACUUAUAUCUCUCAUCUUCCUACUAAAUGGGGUUUAUUUAAAGCAUAUUGUUAUCGUUCAGAGUUGGAUGAAACCGAGCAUGUGGCUGUUGUAAAGGGAGACAUAGGAGAUGGGCAAGAUGUUCUAGUACGAGUACAUUCAGAAUGUUUAACCGGUGAUAUAUUUGGAUCAGCUCGAUGUGAUUGUGGCAACCAACUAGAUAUGGCAAUGCAGUUGAUUGAAGAAGCUGGAAGGGGAGUAGUUGUGUAUCUUAGAGGUCACGAAGGAAGAGGCAUUGGGCUAGGUCACAAACUUAAAGCCUAUAAGUUGCAGGAUCAAGGUCGUGACACAGUCGAAGCAAACAUAGAAUUGGGGUUAGCUAUUGAUGCCCGUGAGUAUGGGAUUGGUGCUCAGAUUUUGAGAGAUAUUGGAGUUCGAACUAUGAGGCUGAUGACCAACAAUCCAGCAAAGUUCAUUGGUCUUAAAGGAUAUGGUUUGGCUAUGAUAGGGCGCGUUCCUGUUCUAACACCAAUCACUGAAGAAAACAAGCGGUAUCUAGAAACAAAAAGAAUUAAAAUGGGUCAUAUUUAUGGGUCUGAUAUAUAAGGGUCUCUAAAUGGAUUCAAUGAAUCAACUGUAGACAAAUGAGACUCGUGGGAGAACACAUAAAUACCAACAACAACAAAAACUUAUACUGAUAAAAAAAUAUUCAAACAUAAAUUUUUGUGUGAAAAAUGUAUCAAAUUUACUGCAUGUAUAGCUUGCUACUCAAUAUUGUAAACUACAUUUCAAUGCCAUAAUUUUUCAUUUAUCUCAA